AACGCCGUGCAUGCCUCUCCCUCGCUUACCAACUUUGAUACGAAACAACGAACAAUAAAAAUCAAAAAAAUAUUUUAACCUUCGAAAAUUAUAAAACGUAAAAACGAUUUUUAUUUUCGAGAAUUAAAAUUAAAUUUUUAUGUUUAAAAAAAGUGCUUCGAUUUUUUUAAAUUUAUUUUUUUAAGAAUGUGAUUUUUCGAAAAUAAAUACUGUGGUUUUUUACUAAAAGUGAUUUUUUCUCAGUGAAAUAAUAGUGUAAAUAUUUUUAUUUUCUGAAAAGUGUUUUUUUUUUGGUUGUAUAACAGUUUUAACGCAGUGAAAAGUUUUUUGAAGUUUAAACAGAUUGGGAAAAUUGUAGUGUAUGUGUUAUAACUGUUAAUUGUUCAUUAAGAAAUCUUUGAAUUGGUGCCAAAACUCUUGGAGAACAUGGCGCAAAAUCCUGGCUGCCAACGAACAAAAUGAGAGCAAUUCAAAUAAAAAUGCAAACUUAAAAAAGAAAGAUGGAUUUAAAAAUAAUAUUGACGACAUUAACAAUGUCGAUAAUAUGCGAACUAUGUCAUUCAACAGAUGUUUAUAGUAAUACCUCAAUAUCAAAAUUAGAUAGCAUAACAAAUUUAGAUAUUAAAACAAAAAGAGAUAACAAAUCCGACAAUGUUUUCGAGAUCGAAGAGUAUAUAAUGAAUACAACACUUAACAAAGACAAUGAAGAAAUACAAGAUAGUGAUAAUAGCACAGAGAUUUAUGAAGACGAUGAAAUUGAGACUCCUUGUGUUGGAGAGCCUGAGUACUGUAAUUUGACCAGACAGCAGUACUAUGAUAUGCUGAUCGAAUACAUAUUUCCUCAGCCUUAUGAGUGGGUGUUAAUAGCUACUCAUGCUAUAGUAUUUGUGAUUGGAUUGAUAGGGAAUGCGUUAGUGUGUAUAGCGGUGUAUAGAAAUCACUCGAUGAGGACUGUGACGAACUAUUUCAUCGUUAACUUGGCCGUGGCGGAUUUUAUGGUGAUUCUCAUUUGUUUGCCUCCCACCGUGCUGUGGGAUGUGACGCAGACUUGGUUCUUCGGGACUGCUAUGUGCAGAAUUGUGCUCUAUUUCCAGUCAGUAUCAGUGACGGUGUCAGUGCUGACGCUGACGUUCAUCUCGGUGGACCGCUGGUACGCCAUCUGCUUCCCGCUCAAGUUCAAGUCCACCACCGGCCGCGCCAAGACCGCCAUACUUAUUAUAUGGCUGUUGUCUUUAUUGUUUAAUGUUCCAGAGUUCGUGGUACUGCAAGUGCAGAUGAAGCUACAGCUGCGAUACAACGCUCAGUUCUUCAUGCAAUGCACUCCGACCUGGUCCGAUGACAGCGACCUCAAGUGGCAUAUCAUUAAAGCUUUGUUUUUGUACACAUUUCCAUUGUUCCUGAUGAUGAUAGCGUACUGUCAGAUCGUGAGGGUGCUGUGGAGGUCAGACAACAUCCCAGGGCAUACGGAGUCACAUACACUCUGUACUACUCCUACAGGGCAUAAUAACUGCAAGAAUUGGUUAGCAGCAAACCGUCGAACAACACCUUCGAUCCACACGAACGCGUCAACUGAGGGUCAGCUGCGCUCCAGGAGGAAGGCUGCCAAGAUGCUAGUGGCAGUCGUCGUCAUGUUCGCAGUCUGCUACUUCCCUGUGCACCUGCUGUCUGUGCUGCGGGUUGCAUACGACGUGCAACAAACAGAAGUGAUGACGUGCAUAGCACUGAUCAGCCACGUCAUGUGCUACGCGAACUCGGCCGUCAACCCUCUCAUAUACAACUUUAUGAGUGGUAAAUUCCGGCGAGAGUUCCACAGGUCAUACUUCAAGUGUUUCUGCUGCUGCCUCUCAGCCGCCUCCGCGGACCAGAAUGGGACAUCCUUCGCGCCAAUCGGCAGCUCUAGAGCCGGCACAACCAGGACCGUGGUUCGUCGCAACGAUUCCUACGUCAGCUACCGUCUCACCCACCUUUCUCCCUCAAACCACAACAUACAUCGAGAUUACAUCAGGAAUACCAACACUUCUUUCAUUGACCAAAUGAAUGGGAACCGCAGACCCAAAAUUAGGGACGAUUCUAUCAGCGAAUCAGGGACAAGAUUCACUCUAGCUACUGACGUCUGCAGGGAUUGACAACUAGGCAAAGAUCUUCUGUCUGAUAUACGUAAUAGAGAUGACAUUGAAACUUAUAUCGCGAGGAGUACCAACAGUAUUGAUUGUAAACCGUACUACGAUUGCUUCAAAGAUAGUAAAAUUGAGGAAAGGCAUAGUGAUAAUGCCGACUACAGACAUGUAGAUGAGUCAAAAGAUUCGUAUGACGAUGAUCUUAAAAACGGUUUCAAGUUUAAAUUCAAUCGCAGUUUGAAUAGCUGUCAGAUUAAGAAUAAAAGGAAGGUUAACAUAUACUAAGAUUUGUGUUGUGUUGACAGUCAAUUGUUUGUGAAUGUCUGUUUCACUGUCUGAUUCACCGGCUUUAUUAGAUUUUGUUACAUCAAAAGCUUCAUCUACAUUUGCAAAUUCUCUUAAUGAAUGAGGUACUUUAGUAAGUUCCCACAUAUCGUUAUUGCCGUAUAUUUAUUUGGCCUCAGUUUUCCGUCAAUUGAUGCGACCUUGUUCGUCUUGUGUCUUAUAUUUUUGGUUUUUCCUUAAUAAGAGUAAGUAUGUGACCUCAUUAUUGUCUCUGUGACGCAACUUUGUGCUACUUAUCGUGAAAUUGGAACCUUCUGGAAUAUCUUACGAGUUCAAUUUAGGAAGAAUAUGAAGGACAAACGUUUCGUUGCUAUUUUGAGCAGAAUUUUCAUCCGCAUUUUUAGAGAAAUUUUGCCAAAAAUUUUGACAUUUGAAAGAUUAAAGUUUACAUUCUAAAAUCAAGAUGAAACGUCUUGUAGAUGAAAAUGGUUUUAGUUUCGGUGAAACAGAUAUUUGCUGUAAUAUCUUAGUUUAAAGUGAAAGCUCUAGAUCUUGUAAAUAUUAUAUUGCUGUGGAUUCUCAAAUUGAGUUCUUCUAGAGAGUUCGGGUUACGGUUUAUUCAAUAUCACUUUACUCAAGAUCAAUUUAUACUAACUCUAUUGAAUUUAUCAAUCAAAAACGCUCUCUCUUUUGAAAGGCUUUAGAGUUUAUUUUACAAUGGCACGUAAAAAGUACUUAGACUGUUUUUAAAGUGAUUACUUUUUGAUCUUCAAUAUUCGGUAGUAUCUACCAAAUUAGAAGUAUAAAAAGCCUGUUGAAGGUUCAGAUUUACUAAAUUCUCUUAGCAACAAUUGCCUAAAGAUUACUUGGAAAAUAUCCUUAGUUCUCUAGAUUUCUUGAACGUGAUAUUGAAUAAGCAACAAAAAUAUAUGGACCAUAAUUUCUAUCGCUGAAUCCUUCAACGUGUUAAUCUUAAAUCUUGCAAAUAAAUUAAAUUUUAAUGUUCACAACUUCAGCAUAAUAUUUUUAUCUGUGAAACUUUUCCCUUAAAGCCGCGGCGUUAUCUUAAAGAAAAUAAAAUUAAUUUACUGGCUGAGAAGUGGCUGUAAAAAGUUUUUUUUUAUUGCAAGGAAAUUGCAAACUCGCAAAUUGAAAAAUGUGUGUACAAUUUUUUUUGCAUUUUUAAGGUGAAAUUCUCCGGUACAUCCGAUAAACUAUUAUAUUUCGCAUUGCAAAGUUUAUCGGAUUACAUCUGAAUUGUAAGUCAUCUGGGAGUUAAACAAAGACAUCGAUAAUUACUUCGACGUAGGUAUAUUAAUAUCGCGAAUGAUAAGAUUCCAUCUCAUACAUACUUUUAAAACAUCACACCAGCAAUGUAUCAAAGUACCGAAGUAAAACAUGAAACACUGAUUAUUUGAUUUUCCUUCUACCUUCUACUUAAGGUACGCUCAUUUGAGAGUUGUAGGUAACAGAAUUGAUACGGUAACGAGGAUCGAACACGUACCAACUCGUGUAACUUUAAGUUAAAGUUUUGGCUUGCAACUCCUGAACUACAUAGGUACAUACAUAGUGUGAACAGUUGUUGAUCCACUAACAAGACGUCUAAGAGUUCCUCGGACACUACAAACUUUUAGUCGGCCGAUACUUUGUUUGGGCCCGUGGUUUGCGCUCAUAAAUCAGUUUGAAGAUGAAUAGUAAUACGCACAUUACUAAAAAUGACAACUAUCGGGAAAAUGUCAACAACAACAGUAUGCUACUCUUACUUUUCAUCUCUUAUCCCCCAAGAUUGAAAUCAGGUACAAAUGUCUUCUUUGAAAGUUUUGAUACUCACGGAAAAUCCACCAGCAUGAAAGUACUGUCAUAGUUUUUUUUUUACUAGAAUAUAUGACCUGACCCGACUUGACCUGACGAAUCGGUCAUUGUGUGGUCACCGUCACGCUGGCGAUCCCUACCUAAACUAAUACGUUUUAUGAUACAUUUAACUUUCACACCUACAAUUCAAUAAUGAGUACCCAGCUUUACACUUUUAAAAUAACACCAUUUAUACGGUCUGUUGGCUUAAAUGUAUACAGGCUGUUGUUUUAAAUUCGUUUAAAAUGUUAAUUAAAUUACACACGAACAAAAUAAAAACAAAAUCCCUGUUUGUUUACUGAGUCCGCCAUAUUGGAUUUCUUGUUGUACAUCCGACGUCUUCGUGAAACAAGAUAUUUUAUGUUAUAAUUACAUUGUUAGUAAAUAAUACACUGUAGUGCAGGAAAUCGUGUGUUUAGAGAACUGAUCGUACACUGCCGGCCAUGUUUCUGUAUACGUUUUAUUUUUAGUUAAAACUAUUCUGUGUGAGUCAUGAUUUUUUCCGUUUAGUGUAUUUCUGCAUGAUUGAUAGAUUUCUCAGUUAGAAUUGGGUCUUAUGAAAUUUUUUAGGGUUUUUCUUUGUAAUCACAAAAUUCAAAUUCAAUGAUAAAUCACAAAUAUAUGCAUUACAUGACUUAUUUUUAUUUGGAAAAUAUAAUAAUAUAUGUACUUGAUUAUAUAUAGUUCCCUAAAUAAAUGUGUAUAAAUGUGACCAAAGCUAAAUUAAGAUAAAAUAAGAAAUGAAUGCAUUUCAAUACUAUUGUAAAUAAUUUUAAACUUUAUGUGUAUUGUCUUUUAGAUUUAAAAUAAAAUAGCAUUAUUGAGAUAACUUUGUAGAAAAACUUAAAAAUUUUGUUCUUGUAAAUUAAAUUAGAUAUUAAGACGAGAAGAAGAGAAUAAAAUUAUACUUUAUAUCUGUCGACUUCAUAACAUUUUUCGCAAAAAUUAAUUGGAUAAACAUGAUUUAUCUCGAGCGGCAACUCACAGUGUUUUUAUUUUUUACAAUAUUGAGUUAACUCGAGACCGCGUCUGUAUUGUUUCAUUUUAAAAACAUUUUUAUUUCAUAAAGAUAACAUCAAACAAUUGUUUUAAAAAUGGAAAAGAAACUAUUUUUUAAAACACCCUGUAUAUUUUUUAUGACAGUUUUUAACAUUUUUUCUUAUUUCUAUUAAUUGUUAUUUAAAAAUAGGCGACUUACGAUAAUUAUGUGUACCUAACAUAAUAUAAAGGCAGAGGCUAACUUUUAAUAAAAACGUGUAAAAUAUCUAACUGUCUAAUUUUUAAAUAUUUAAUAAAAAAAUGUUUUAUACGUGAUCUCUAGAUGUAAUAUACAGAAUAUACUUAAUUAUAUCUAAAUGUAUAAAUAAAGAGAAGGAAGCAAAUAUGAGGAUUUUAAAUCAUCAAAUAUAAAUAGCAAAGGCUAGACGCAAUUUAAAAUAAAACAGAAAAAAUUGAGAAAUUCCUAAUUUUAGGAAGUUAAAUAAAAAAAAUACAACACAUGAAAAAAACACACUAUAAUAAGAAGAAAAAAAAACUAUUAUUUAAAUGCAUCAAGCGUUUGCUAUCUACAUUCAAAAAUUAAGGCAAAGUCUGUGAAAAAAUAUUGUAGUAAAAAACUAAGAAAUAAAAAAGUUCCUUUUUCUUGAAUUGAAUCUUACCUAACAAGGUCUGGAUUAUCUGUUAGGUUCUUCCCUUCUUUUUACCUAAAUCAAUUUAGUAUAUUACGCCUAGUCGUGGAUGAAAAAGGAGUUCCUUGUCUAAUAUAAUAAAAAGACUACAUUUCGAAAAACUUUUUCAAAUAAAUAGUCAAGAUUUUCUAUCUUUCGUACAAUUUGUUUUUUUUUUUAUCUAUGAAUGACUUAGAGUACCCGCUCAAACAUUUAGUCGGCAGCUUGUUUGGGAUUUUAAAUCAGUAUGAAGAUGAAUGGUAGUACCCACAUUACAAAGAUCAGAUAUUUAGCCGGUAUCACACCGACUGAAAAUGUUGAUUGGAAUCAAUAAUUUCGAAAAACUUUCGCUUUACUGUGCUACAAUUUUAUGGAGAAUUUUAUCGAUAUAAGUAAAUGAUUAUUUUUCACAGUGUAAACUAAGCCUUAAUUGGUUAGUAAUUGGUUGAACUAACAAUGAAGAGUCUUAAGAAAUAAUCUUAAAAUAUUGUAAAUAAAUGUGAAAACUUUCGAGCUUUUCUACUUUAGAUAUAUUUUAUUAGUACCUAAAAUUUAGAGAGGAAUGGUAUACGGCAGAAAUGUAUUUAUUUAAAA